CCCAUAUCCUAAAAUCCAGAGAUUUGAUUACAUCUUUAUUUCUUAAAAAUGAAAGAGAAAUUCAUCGGUACGACAUUUUUUCCCUUCUUCUUAACUUUCUACUAUGCCCUAAUCAAUUAAAUAUCGGCGAAAGGGAAGCGUAAAAGAAAAUAGGUUUGUAUGUUAUUGCCAAGGUUGGCCUACGCUUCCAGAAUAUUCGCGUAUUGGUGCUCUUUAAUCGCUAUAAUAAUAACGUUUUACAUGACUAGCGUAUUCAUUGUAUACGUGUUCGAAAAUAAGCAACCGGAAGUCAAUUUUUCGGAUCUCAAUCAAGAGGGAAAAUUUGGCGUUGUCAACAAUGGUUCCUCCAUGGCGAUGGCAGGAAAAUUUUCUUACUACUAUCCUUCAUCCCUCUCCAAGCUACCUCGGCCUCAAAAACCGAGUAAUAUUGUUAAGAAGCCGAAUAUCUCGCCUCCCUAUGAGUCGUCAUUGGCGAAGCCAGAGUUGAAACGAAUUUCUAACAGCGAACAUUCCGAUAUGGGUAAUUACAUCCAACUCUUAAAUACUCUUAUAGGCACGAAGGAUACUUCUUUAAAUCUUGGGAGAUCGUAUAUGAACCAUGAUCCGGAGUACGAUCCUCCUCCGCGGCCUGAUGAUAUUGACGUUAAUAAAUUAGGUGAUCUACUUGGGAAUGAAAAUCAGUUUGGCGUACACGAGGAUGAUAACCAAAAGUCCUUUAAUUACAGAUUAGGGCUGAAUAGAAAGUCAUUCAAAUCCAUUGAAGACCAUAUGUUUCCCCAAGCUUCUAAAACCCGAAUUCCUGCGUCACCCAUAAAAUUUAUGUCGUCUACGAUUAAUCCAGAAGCCCUAAUUGAUCGGCAUCAAAGUUUAGAAAAUUUGAUACAACGCUUUUCCGUGUUAGCAAAAUUUUCGAGAUUGCUAGAAAUUUUAAAACAUUAUUCGGAAGAGAAUGUCUCGCAUAUAUCACCGAAAUCAAACAAAUUAGACAAAGCCACGACAAUUGAUAAUCGUACUAAACUUAAAAACACGGUCAAACUGUCGAUCCCGCUAUGGCCAGAAGAUUCUAACACCAGCGAUAGAAUUAUGGAACAAUUAUCUCUGACUCCUGAAAUGUUAAACUUUAAAUCGUCGUCCAAGCGAUCUUGCCAUCCUGAUAACAUAUUUCCUGAUUUCUUCCACAAUACACAAAACAAUUCCAGUUAUAACGCUGAAAAAGUUCUCCAGCGAAUUUUCGGUGGUACUCACAAGAAAUUGCCUACUAAAGUUAUAUACGUGGCUACCCAUUUACACCCUACCUGGAAUGACAUUCCUUAUGGCUGUGGGGCUCUGAAAAAGUCUAAAUGCGCUUUCACCAAUUGCUACCUCACCGAUUCCGCGGAUCCAACAGGUAUACCUCGUCGGAAAGCCCACGCGGUCUUAUACAGAAACGCUUUUCCCACAGAAUCAGAUAUGGACUUAGAAAGGAACCCUGCUCAGCUCUGGAUAUUUCACUCCCUGGAGAGUCCUAUGAAUAUGAACACUGGCUAUUUUGGUAGGCUCUACUCGUGGUUUAAUUUGACCGCUACCUAUAGACCUGACUCGGAUAUAGUUACGCCAUAUGAUAAGUAUAUUACGAGUCCGUAUUCUCGAUCGAGAGAACCCAAAGAGUCAAGAAUACAAGUUCAACGCGUUAAUGUGCCUCUCACAUUAAAUAGAACGGUUAAAAAAUAUUUAAAUCUGACCAUCGCGUUAAAGUCUCACCUCAAAUCCCACGAUACUCUCCUAGACGAUGAAAUAGUUAAUCGUUUACUAAUCCAUUCUUACCACCCAAUGACUCCGGAAAUUUCGUCGCUAAAUCUUUCUCACCUUUACGACAAUUUAAACGCUCUCCUAGUUAACCUCCGGGCAUUAUCAUUCCCGCCGCCAAAAUAUUCCUUACCUCCCUCAUUGAUCUUAUACCUGAAAAACGAGGUUACAAUUAAAACGGGUACCAAAAAUUAUGCCAUCGGGAAAACCAAAAUGAUCGCUUGGUUCGUUUCCAACUGUGAAAGCCAAUUCCGGCUUGAUUACGCCAACACGCUGAAUAAAUACAUACCCGUGGAUAUAUACGGAAAAUGUGGGGAUUCCCCCCUGUAUUGCGCGAAGGAGGAAGGCACCAAAUGCUUUGAUAUGCUCGAUAAGGAUUACAAGUUUUAUCUUUCUUUCGAAAACUCGCGGUGCAAAGGCUACGUAACGGAGAAAUUUUUCGAUAACGGAUUGAAGAACACCAUAAUUCCUAUAGUAAUGGGCCCAUCUAAGUCCGAAUAUAUAAGGAUAGCUCCUAGUCAAUCUUUCAUUCACGUAGACGAUUUUCCUAGCCCCGCUCAUCUUGCUCUUUACUUGUACAUAUUAGACUCGGACGAUCAACUUUACAAUUCGUACCUCGCUUGGAAAAGUGAAGGGGGAACAUUUGUGGACACCAAGUUUUGGUGCCGAAUCUGCGCUAUGAUAAACUAUUCUCACUUAAAUUUUGGUUCCUCGGAUAUCAACGAGGAAACAAGGUUUUACAAAGAUUUCAGCGGUUGGUGGGAAGGCGAUGGUAUCUGCAAACCUAGUCACACUUAAUUUUAUGAUGGAAUAAUUAAAAAAUAUAUAAUUUAUUAUAUUUUUUUUGGAAACAUCAUUUUGUUUAAACUAGUAGUAUAGUUUGAGUUUACAUGCCAAAAUAAACAUUGAGUUUUUUAAAAAAAAAAAUUAAUAAUUUGUACAUAUUUUAUUAAAAUAGGUCGAAAGGAAAUAUUAUUGCUUAUAUUCUUAUUUAAACAUAUUAUUAAAUUAAUUAUUUUUAAAAAAAAACUUGUUAGAAAAGAUGUGAAUUAUAAACGAUUUAAAAUUUUUAUAAUAUAAUGUUACAUUUUAAUAUAUUAUUGUAAAAAAAAAA